AUGGCCGAAAGUAGCACUUAUAAUUUUGGUGAAGUAUGCAGUAAAACUUGCCAAACUAAUGAUGCUCUCAAGAAGAAUGAACGUAUCCAUACAGAAGAUAAGUCCUAUAUUUGCAAAGUAUGUAACAAAGAUUUUAUCACUGAAAACUACUUAGUAGUGCACAAAUGUAUUUAUACAGGUGAUAAGCCCUACAGCUGUAAACACUGUUCAGAAAGUUUUAAUCGGCAAUUCAGUCUCAAAGUGCACGAGCAGACUCAUUCGGGUGAAAAGCCCUACAGCUGUAAAUACUGUUCAAAAAGUUUUAAUCGGCAAUUCAGUCUCAAAGUGCACGAGCAGACUCAUUCGGGUGAGAAGCCCUACAGCUGCAAACAAUGUUCAAAAAGUUUUGCUGAUAAAUCCAAUCUCACAAAACACGAGCAAACUCAUUCGGGUGAGAAGCCCUACAGCUGUAAAUACUGUUCAAAAAGUUUUGUUCAGAAAUCGCAUCUUAUGCGGCACGAGCGAACUCACUCUAGUGAUAAGCCCUUCAGCUGCAAACACUGUUCAAAAAGUUUUGCUGAUAAAUCCAAUCUCACAAAACACGAGCAAACUCAUUCGGGUGAGAAGCCCUACAGCUGUAAAUACUGUUCAAAAAGUUUUGUUCAGAAAUCGCAUCUUAUGCGGCACGAGCGAACUCACUCUAGUGAUAAGCCCUUCAGCUGCAAACACUGUUCAAAAAGUUUUGCUGAUAAAUCCAAUCUCACAAAACACGAGCAAACUCAUUCGGGUGAGAAGCCCUACAGCUGUAAAUACUGUUCAAAAAGUUUUGUUCAGAAAUCGCAUCUUAUGCGGCACGAGCGAACUCACUCUAGUGAUAAGCCCUUCAGCUGCAAACACUGUUCAAAAAGUUUUGCUGAUAAAUCCAAUCUCACAAAACACGAGCAAACUCAUUCGGGUGAGAAGCCCUACAGCUGUAAAUACUGUUCAAAAAGUUUUGUUCAGAAAUCGCAUCUUAUGCGGCACGAGCGAACUCACUCUAGUGAUAAGCCCUUCAGCUGCAAACACUGUUCAAAAAGUUUUGCUGAUAAAUCCAAUCUCACAAAACACGAGCGGACUCAUACAGGUGAUAGGCCCUACAGUUGCAAACACUGUUCACAAAGUUUUGUUCAGAAAUGGAAUCUUAUGCGGCACGAGCGAACUCACUCUAGUGAUAAGCCCUUCAGCUGCAAGCAAUGUUUAAAAAGUUUUAGUCGAAAAUUCAGUCUCAAAGUGCACGAGCGGACUCAUUCGGGUGAGAAGCCCUACAGCUGCAAACACUGUUCACAAAGUUUUGUUCAGAAAUCGCAUCUCAUGCGGCACGAGCGAAAUCACUCUAGUGAUAAGCCCUUCAGCUGCAAACACUGUUCAAAAAGUUUUGCUGAUAAAUCCAAUCUCACAAAACACGAGCGGACUCAUACAGGUGAUAGGCCCUACAGUUGCAAACACUGUUCACAAAGUUUUGUUCAGAAAUCGCAUCUUAUGCGGCACGAGCGAACUCACUCUAGUGAUAAGCCCUUCAGCUGCAAACACUGUUCAAAAAGUUUUGCUGAUAAAUCCAAUCUCACAAAACACGAGCGGACUCAUACAGGUGAUAGGCCCUACAGUUGCAAACACUGUUCACAAAGUUUUGUUCAGAAAUCGCAUCUUAUGCGGCACGAGCGAACUCACUCUAGUGAUAAGCCCUUCAGCUGCAAACACUGUUCAAAAAGUUUUGCUGAUAAAUCCAAUCUCACAAAACACGAGCGGACUCAUACAGGUGAUAGGCCCUACAGUUGCAAACACUGUUCACAAAGUUUUGUUCAGAAAUCGCAUCUUAUGCGGCACGAGCGAACUCACUCUAGUGAUAAGCCCUUCAGCUGCAAACACUGUUCAAAAAGUUUUGCUGAUAAAUCCAAUCUCACAAAACACGAGCGGACUCAUACAGGUGAUAGGCCCUACAGUUGCAAACACUGUUCACAAAGUUUUGUUCAGAAAUCGCAUCUUAUGCGGCACGAGCGAACUCACUCUAGUGAUAAGCCCUUCAGCUGCAAACACUGUUCAAAAAGUUUUGCUGAUAAAUCCAAUCUCACAAAACACGAGCGGACUCAUACAGGUGAUAGGCCCUACAGUUGCAAACACUGUUCACAAAGUUUUGUUCAGAAAUCGCAUCUUAUGCGGCACGAGCGAACUCACUCUAGUGAUAAGCCCUUCAGCUGCAAACACUGUUCAAAAAGUUUUGCUGAUAAAUCCAAUCUCACAAAACACGAGCGGACUCAUACAGGUGAUAGGCCCUACAGUUGCAAACACUGUUCACAAAGUUUUGUUCAGAAAUCGCAUCUUAUGCGGCACGAGCGAACUCACUCUAGUGAUAAGCCCUUCAGCUGCAAACACUGUUCAAAAAGUUUUGCUGAUAAAUCCAAUCUCACAAAACACGAGCGGACUCAUACAGGUGAUAGGCCCUACAGUUGCAAACACUGUUCACAAAGUUUUGUUCAGAAAUCGCAUCUUAUGCGGCACGAGCGAACUCACUCUAGUGAUAAGCCCUUCAGCUGCAAACACUGUUCAAAAAGUUUUGCUGAUAAAUCCAAUCUCACAAAACACGAGCGGACUCAUACAGGUGAUAGGCCCUACAGUUGCAAACACUGUUCACAAAGUUUUGUUCAGAAAUCGCAUCUUAUGCGGCACGAGCGAACUCACUCUAGUGAUAAGCCCUUCAGCUGCAAACACUGUUCAAAAAGUUUUGCUGAUAAAUCCAAUCUCACAAAACACGAGCGGACUCAUACAGGUGAUAGGCCCUACAGUUGCAAACACUGUUCACAAAGUUUUGUUCAGAAAUCGCAUCUUAUGCGGCACGAGCGAACUCACUCUAGUGAUAAGCCCUUCAGCUGCAAACACUGUUCAAAAAGUUUUGCUGAUAAAUCCAAUCUCACAAAACACGAGCGGACUCAUACAGGUGAUAGGCCCUACAGUUGCAAACACUGUUCACAAAGUUUUGUUCAGAAAUCGCAUCUUAUGCGGCACGAGCGAACUCACUCUAGUGAUAAGCCCUUCAGCUGCAAACACUGUUCAAAAAGUUUUGCUGAUAAAUCCAAUCUCACAAAACACGAGCGGACUCAUACAGGUGAUAGGCCCUACAGUUGCAAACACUGUUCACAAAGUUUUGUUCAGAAAUCGCAUCUUAUGCGGCACGAGCGAACUCACUCUAGUGAUAAGCCCUUCAGCUGCAAACACUGUUCAAAAAGUUUUGCUGAUAAAUCCAAUCUCACAAAACACGAGCAAACUCAUUCGGGUGAUAAACCCUACAGCUGCAAGCAAUGUUUAAAAAGUUUUAGUCGGAAAUUCAGUCUCAAAGUGCACGAGCGGACUCAUACAGGUGAUAGGCCCUACAGUUGCAAACACUGUCCAAAAAGUUUUACUAAAAAAUCUAAUCUUACGAGGCACGAGCAGUUUCAUUCGGGUGAUAGGCCCUACAGCUGCAAAUACCGUUCGAAAAGUUUUAACCAGCAAUUCAGUCUCAAAGUGCACGAACAGACUCAUUUGUGUGAUAAGCCCUACAGCUGCGAACACUGUUUGACACGUUUUACUCAAGAAUCAAAUUUUUCUACGCUCGAGUGGACUUACACAGGUGGAAAGUCUCAUGACUUGAAACAGUAUUUAAAAAACAAAUCAUCGCUUAUAAGGCAAAGUCACACGGAAAAUUCACCAGGUAUAAGUUUAGUGUUGCCUUCAUUUUCCAGUACUUUUCAAAGUAAAUUCUUUUAG